CUAAAAAUGCGUCGUCACGCUUGUUUCGUUUGUGUUGUUCUGUUAUAGUUGCUUUGUCAACCUGAAACUAUACCUAAUUUAAGUACAUGGAAAGCUUGUGAAUGAACAAUUCUAUAAGUAGGGGGAAGACUGUAUCAUAAUAGCUAACGUAUCUCCAUGAUCAUCUUCUCUGCAGACUAGCCAAGAGAUAUACCGGACAUGGAUAGAGCCAUUACACUCCAGUUAGCACUGACCCUGAUGCUCCUGGUACUGUACCCAACGGCUGAAAGCAAGUGGAUCCCACACCAUCCACUACCUCGGGUUGAUCCUCCGCCUCUUUGUGCAUCUCAAUUGGCAUUGGUGAAUCAUGCUUGUGCUAUGCUGCCUUAUGCACGCGUCCCUCCACAUUCCCCACUAACGCCUGCUCCUCCAUCCCCAAAUGGGCAUGACAGGAGACACCACCACCACCAUCACGUCCACUUCCACGUCCACGACCAUGACCACGACCACGGCCACGGCCACGGUCACAGUCACGGUCACAGUCACAGACACUCGAGACAUGGGCACAAAGAAACAGCUAUUGAAGAGGAUUGCUGUCGGUGGUUAAAAGAAGUUGACGAUGUGUGCGUUUGUGAGCUUCUGGUGCACUUGCCUCCAUUCCUUACUAGGCCCGUUCACAAUUACACUGUUGGGGUUGAUGAUACGUGCAAUAUUACUUUCACUUGCGGAUCAAGGUUGGUGCCACUCUGAUUAACCCUGCUCAGCUGCACACAUCUGAGCAUAUCUAUUAAAGUUCUGUCAAGUUAUUAGUAUUAUGCAUGUAUUAGCUUCAGUACGUUCAUUUCAUUCUGCAAGAGCAAAA